CGUUAGCCAUUUUUCUUUGUUAAUUGGCUGGCUAACAAGCUGAAAUAUGUACCGGACUGCGUGUCAAUUUCCUAUUUCCUUUGCAAGCCUGUGUGUCUAGCUAACUAUUGAUUUAACUAGGUACCUAGCGAACUAACGUUAACGACCAACUAGCUAGCUAACUAACGAGCUGGUUGAUAGCUAUUGCAAAGAGUGACCCUGGCCUGCUGUGUGCAGGUGAGGUGUACACUGUUCCGUUACUACGCAACGCGACACCGGGUAGCAAGUUAACUUAGCUAGCUAACUAAACUCAUUCAGUCUCUUUGACUUUGCAUAUAACGCUGCAGAAACCUGACAACCAACUUAUUUUCUAGCAAAGACGCUUGUAAUGAUAUAAAAUAUUGGCGUGUCUUGAUGCUGUGAUGUUAAUUUGUGGAACUUGAAUUGAAUGCUGACCACAACAACAAGAUCUGCAGUGCAUCGCUUUUCUGACCGGGGUCGAAUGAACAUCCAUGGUCUGUGCUGCAGCUGUUGAGGUGCCAACGCCACGUUCGCGAGUUCCCUGACAGAAGAACAAAAACAUCCACAGACAAACGGUUUUCCCGACCAGGCGGUUGCCAUGCACCUGUAAGCCGCUUCCUGUCAGCCAGCCAGCCACCCAGGCCCAGCCACAGCGCUCCGGUGACGGUCGGUGGUCCUCUCCGGUCCAGUGGGUCCCCAUGGAGCCCAGUGAUGACGUGGCGCUGGAUAUCAUUAUCACCAACGUGGUGGCUGUAUUCAGGACACGCUGCCACCUCAACCUGCGCACCAUCGCUCUGGAGGGGGUCAACGUCAUCUAUAAACCUGAAUAUGGGAAAGUUCUGAUGAAGCUCCGUAAACCCAGGAUCACCGCCUCCAUCUGGUCCUCAGGGAAGAUCAUCUGUACUGGAGCCACCAGUGAGGAUGAGGCUAAGCAGGGAGCCCGGAGGUUAGCCCGCACCCUGCAGAAACUGGGCUUCAAGGUGAGGUUCUCAGAGUUCAAGGUGGUGAACGUGCUGGCAGUGUGCUCCAUGCCCUUCGCCAUCCGACUCAUCGAUUUCACCAAGAACAACCGGCCCAUCGCCAGCUAUGAGCCGGAACUCCAUCCCGCUGCCACCUACAGGAUCAAAACCCUCAAGGCCACCGUCCAAGUCUUCUCCACUGGCAGCCUUACCAUCACAGGACCGAACGUGCAGACUGUAGCCACGGCCGUAGAACACAUCUACCCCAUGCUGUCAGAGUGUCAGAAACCUCUCCGAAAAUAACACACAGACAAGGGGAAAAAAAGAUCAACAAAAUAGAGAAAGAAAGACAGAGAAAGAAAGAAAGGCAAAAAAAAAGCACCUUAUCCAUUGGAUGCGAUUGUAUUGUCCUCAACUUUUAUCUGCCUGGCAACAGUCUGGGCUUUUGUCCCGAUUUGGCUGGAUUUGACCUGGAUUUUAUUAUUUGUUUUAACUUGAGGUCCCCAGGAAGUCAGAAAGGCAGCUUCCGUCCUCCUACUGUCCGAUGACCUGUUGUCUUGGUGACAGCUACGCCCUCUGAACUUUGACCAUGGGAUGACCUUACAGUAUGACCUCUAACCUUUCAGCUUUAGCAGCCAGCCAGCCAGCCAGCCAAUGAUGGCUGCUCCAGUGACUGAUUGACACUAGAAGGGGCGUGACUCUCCAAGCCGACCAGGAUUCCUUAGUUUUAAAUUGUAUUAUUUUAGUUUUGAUGUCACGGUCUGUGUCUCAAAUGGCACCCUAUUUUCAAUGUAGUGUCCUGGUCAACAGUAGUGCACUAAUAUAGGGAAUAGAGUGCUAUUUGGGAUGCAGCCUCAGUGUUUUAAUGCAUGGGCAGACAGACCAGUCUUCAACGGGACCUGUCCCACAAAACACAACAAGCGUUUUUAACAGAACAUGACGUAACAUACAAGUCUAUAGGAAAGCUUUUAAAGUCCCAUUUGACCAUGGUGUUAAAUAGAGCCUUGGUUUUAACCCCUGUAUUCAUCUGCUCUCUAUUCAAUUCACUGGGAUUUGCAAAAUUCCAGUAACGUUCCACAAAUCCUGGUCGGAUGAUUCCAGAUUACUUACUUAUUCCAUCCUGUUCUGGGAAAACUUCCAACUGGGAUUUCUUGAAAACCUGGGAAUUCUGGGACAGUUACUGGUAUUAUUGCAACCUUACAUGUCACCUUUUAACCACAGAUCUAGGAUCAGAUGUGUCCGUCCACCUUUUGUAGUCGUAAGCCUUAUUGGAGAUGCAUCCUCUGGAAGACCGUCCAGGAGUUGUUCAGGCUGGGGCUUUGAACACUUGGCAGACAUGUUGUUAUUAUUGAUCUAUGGAGAGUAACGCCUGCUGGAAUGGGAAAUGCAGUGGUGUCAUAUUCCUGUCCUGUUUGUUGUAUGUUCAAACUUUUUUUUUGUAUUUUAUAAAAAAUAAAAAGGGGAAAGUAACUAAAUAAAAUAGGGUAAAUGUUUCUCUCUCGCUCUCUCUCUAUUGGUCUCUGUUGGUCUCUGUAAGAGAGAGAGAGAGAGGGGGUUACAGUGACUUGGUCAGUGUAUCUUGGCUUUCUUGUGUAAGAAGCAGACUAACGUGCACUUUGACCCCUACACUGCCUAGUCUCAAUUCACAGGCAGUGGGCCUCCACCACAGACCCACUCCCACUCCCUGGCUUUUUUAUCAAUUUGAUUUACUCACCUCUUGCAUCCUUUCUCCUCCGUCCUUAACCUCCGUCCUUUCUCACCUCUUUUAUGAAAAAGGUUGAAGUUUAAUCGUGCAGAAUCAGCGAGGCGAGUUAACGUGGAAGGAAAUGCGCUUGCUUGAAAUGAGGGUCCUUUUCCACUCACGCAUCAUUAGGCAAAUUCCGUUUACAGAAAAAAAAUGUGUAAAUUGAUCAAAACAAAUGAAGUUAGUUGUGCAAGACAUUUUAUAGAUAAAACAAUAAAGCAGCAUAUUGUUUUGAAAA